AUUUAGCGAGCGGUGUGGCAACUCGAACCCGAAACGAGAAGCAGAGAAUUCGGCGACUAUAAUUCGAGCGGAAAAAGCGAAAAAACAGUUCAGAGUGUUGUGUAACUUUAUAAAUCAGUGAAAAUAUCAGUUGGUAAAUUCAAGUUAUUUGCCCCCAAACAGCCAAAUAAAUGGUAAUACGCGAGGAGUGUCCAAAGCACGGACUAAAAGUGAGGUCACGAAAUCGAGGCGAAGCCAUUUUGCUUGGCAACAUACACGCCAGAACCAGAACCAAAAUACGAAUCCUCGGCGCCCCAGGUUCAGCAACCACAACUACCACAGCAAAAUGGGCAGCAACUCCAAGGCGGACCCCAUCUCGCUGACCUUCCACGACUCCUGCCUGCGGAUGUCCGACGUCCAGCUGCUCCACGGACCCCACUGGCUGAACGACCAGAUCCUGAGCUUCUACUACGAGUACCUGGCGCACAUGAAGUACAAGACGAAUUCGGAUCUGCACUUCAUCGCGCCGGAGAUUACUCAGUGCAUGAAGUACAUGGGUGACCAGGAGCUGAAGCAGCUCCUCGACCAGAGCAAUACCACUGGCAAGCCCUUCAUCUUCUUUGCGCUGAACGAUAACGAGAGCACCGAUGCUGGUGGCACCCACUGGUCACUGUUGGUCUUCUCGCGGCCGGAGAAGACCUUCUAUCACUUCGAUUCGUACGGGAACAACAACACGGGCAACUCCUUGGAACUGAUGAACAAGAUCAAGGAGCUGCUGGGCGCCCGAUUGGCCAAAUUCCGGCCGAUGCGCUGCCUUCAGCAGGCCAACGGCUACGAUUGCGGAAUCCACGUCAUCUGCAUGACCGACCACAUCGCCGAUUACCUGAACAGGUACGAGGUGAUUGACGGACUGCCCACGCUGCACAUCGACACCGUGAAGGCUAAGCGCACGGAGCUGCUGAAACUCAUCCUGUCGCUGGGCGGCAAGGGCUAGAGGCUGGCGGGGAUUGCCCGGACUUCCGCCCACAGCGGACUAGUUUUUAAGUGACCAAAUUACGAAUGUAACUCUUUGCCGCAGGAAGAGAGGGCCAUCGGAAUUACAUAUGUGAAUACGAUAUCCAUGAUAUUGCUAGUAUUAGUUGGUUUAGUUUUCCUUGCCGAAUGAGAAUGAGAAUGUUUAUUUGAUGAUAAGUGCCAGGCGCUAAGCAAACCAAAAGCAAUGGAGGC